AUGGCACCUAAGAAAGAGUCUCUCCUGGACCUAUGUACUCGUGCAACCAACCUGGGGAACAGCGUCUCUGUGCGCCUGCUCGAAUAUCUGAGCACCGUUAAACACCAUCCCCAUGGGUUCCGUGAACUUGCCACAGACUUUCUCGACAUCUCCCGCAUAUUAUGGGCAAUUGAAGCGGGAUUGAUCGAAUCAUCGCGGUCGCACAACACGUUGCCUGCUGACAUGGUCAAGGAACUGGACAAGAAGUUCCGUGGUACCCAUGACGACUUUAUGGUUCUCAACCAGCUUCUGGUAAAGUUCCUCGAAUACGAGAAGAAGAAGGGCUUCGGCAAGCUCUCCAAGGGAUGGCACAUGAUGUUUGUCGACACAGACAUCCAUAAGAUGAGAGAGUCCCUCGAAAAGAGUCGGGACGCUCUGAGAAUGAGCGCGUUAGUUUUUAGAUGGUCUUUAGGCGACGAAAGAGUGGACUCGUCUGUCGGCAUCGGCUACACUGGUCUCGCCGCCGCCCUCGAGCGGAUGAAUUCGAACAGGCCAAGCGUGGUGUUUCCACCACCAAGUGAGCGUGAGCAGCCAGCUCCAUCCACCACCUCUCACGUCUCAGACAUUCCCGAUCGUCUGCCGCCCCUCCCAACUCUCCCACCUACAGAGAAGAUUUCGACUUAUAGCCUCUUCCCCAAGACAGAGUUUGGGCGAGAGGAGGCCGCGCAUGAGGCCCACGCCAUUUCAGCGCAGCCAGACCGCCACAGCGUGAAGGCCGCAUCAAGCAUUAGAUCAAGCAGAAUAACAACUCAUUCGACUGGAAGGGAUACCGGAAGAGAUCAUUCCUCCAUCCACAAGAAUGGAACGUUGACGACUGAGGUAGGCAUUCCUGAGGAUCACGUAUCUGUUAGGGAUGCAGACUCCUUCACUCAGAUUGAAGAUAUGAUACAUGACAUUGAGCUCGAUGACAAACACUCGAGUCAAGGCACCACCAUCAGACCGGAUCCCAGUGCCGUACCUCGAUGGACACCGAAACAAACCUCUGGAUCCCACUCAUCUGCAUUGAAGACUUCGCUUAUCAGCGCAGUUCAGCAGAGGAAGCAUAAAAUGAUUGAGCAGCUCCUUGAUUGCGGCGUUUCGCCAGAAAAUACAGGAGAACUCAAUCUGUUGAGAGAAGCCGUGCUCACCAGGGACCUUGAGAGCGUCCGCCUGCUAUUGCUUUUCGGAGCAGAUCCCAAUGGGUUUGACAGAAAUAAACUCACACCUCUAUAUACUGCAACCGAGAUGUCAUUCAUCGAUAGCGCAAGACUCCUGAUCAAGUAUGGCGCGGAUCCAAACCUUCCGGCAGGCCCUGAUGGAGAGUCACCCCUUGCCUCAGCGAUCACCGACAACAAAGCGGAAUUCGCUCGGCUGUAUCUCACUUAUGGUGGUGAUGCCGGACAGAUGAUGUCUGAUGGUAACACUCUACUCAUUAAGACAAUCAACAAAACUGCUCCGAAGGAUUUGACAGAACUUUUGCUAAACUACGGGAGCGACCCCAAUGGAAAGAGCGCUGAGGGCGUAACCCCUGUGUUCGAGGCAAUCCAAGCUCGGCGACUUGACACAUUGACUCUUCUCCUUGAUCAUGGAGCAAACCCCAACUUGCCGGGACCCAAGCAUCCCCUUUGGCCAUCAACAUAUCAGUCCAAGAUUCUCCAACUCAUGCUCUCUCGUGGUGCAGACACCAAGAAGGCGCCCGGUUGUCUCGAGCUGGCCACCAGUCUCAACAACGUCGAGUCUGUCAAAAUCCUUCUCAAUGCUGGCGUUGAUCCCAACAUGAGAAAAGACGGAAUCUAUACCCCACUUUGCUCUGCGAUCCGAGACGACCGUCCUGAGCUCAUCACCCUCCUGCUGUCCAAGGGCGCUGAUCCUAACCAUAUGGCCUCCGAGUACCCAGCAUGGAAGUGCGUCACGCACAACCGGUCACAAUACAUGCCUCAGCUUGUGGCUGCAGGUGCGGAUCUACACAAACCAAAAGGCAUCAUCGAGAAGGCAGUUGCGCACAACAACAUGGAUGCACUACAGUAUCUCCUUGCACAGAAAGUCAGUCCCAACGACAGAAGCCCCGAGGGCAAUACACCUCUGACCACAGCCAUUCGAGAAGAUCGAGCGGAAAUGCUCGAUCUCCUUUUAGAGCAUGGUGCAGACCCAGCGAUCAGAGGCCAGGAUUGGCCCAUUUGCAUGGCUGUCAAACGGCCCGCCAUCCUCAAGAAGCUUCUCCCAUCUCUACAAAAUCCUCGCUCUGUCAAGGGCGUGAUGGAAAUGGCCGUUGUCGCAAACCAGCUUGAAAGCAUCAAGCUUUUACUUAAAGCUGGAAUCAGCGUUGAGGACAAAAAUGGAGGCGUCUUCUCUCCCCUCACAACCGCCAUUAGAGAAGAUCGAAAGGAAAUUGUCCAGUUCUUACUCGACGAGGCGGGCGCCGACAUCAAUGCACCCGGAGAGCAUUUGCCCAUUGUCAAGGCCAUCCGCCGUUACCGAGGAGGUGACUUGGACAUCAUGGAAAUGCUCCUUGACCGUGGUGUCGACAUCAACAAGAUGUAUCGAGGCUGGAACUCCGUCCUUCAAGCCGUAGAGAGCGGGAAUGCCAGGAUCCUACACCUACUCAACGAGAAAGGUGGUGGCAUCAACCUACAAGUGAAAGAUGAAGACUCUGGCAAGACUGCUGAACAGAUCAUGGCAGAAGCCGGUUGGGAAGAAGCCUACCACUCCCUGCUGGACAGCCAACAAACAGAUUGA